AUGGAGACAAACACUUUUUCACUUGAACUUCUUACAAACGAUAAUUAUGCGGAUUGGAGCGUCAAGAUGAAAAAUAAUCUGUUGGCUCAAGGUCUUUGGGACAUUGUUGAAACAUGCUCGAAACCUCCCAAACCAGAUGAUGAUGUGGUUGAAUUCAAGACUUGGAAAAAGAUGAAUGCUGCAGCAUUACAUGCAAUCCAAAGUUCGUGUGGUAUGGACAUACUUUCUCGAAUCAGUAAAAUUAGUUCUGCCAAAAUUGCUUGGGAAACAUUGGCUGAAAUGUUCAUGGAAAUGCGGCUGGUUUUGUACAACACGGUUGAGCAAGGACACUCUUGCUCAUCAGAUACCUUAGAUAGUGGACAGGACAUGCCAACAGGGACUGGAGCUAAUCAGAAAGUUGAGAGUGGAAACUCUUCAAGUGCACACAAAUCAGGCAACAUGGAAACAAACACUUUACCUCUCGAACUACCAAUAGGGACUGGAGCUAAUCAGAGAGUUGAGGGUGGAAACUUUUCAGACAACCAAGGUCGUUCUAACUCAUCAAACAUCUUAGAUAAUGGACAGAAUAUGAUAAUACAGAUUGAAGAUGAUAAUUCGAUAAUUGAUAAAGGAAACUUUUCAAGUUCAAGCAGCCCAGGGUCAUUGAGGGAGGAUGAUUAUACGCCCUUAGUCGAGGCUGUGCAAAGAGGUAAUUGGAACGCUACAAUAGAUUUCCUCAAGGACCACCCAGCUGCAUUGACAGCAAGAAUAUUUAUUUCGGGUGGGACGAUUCUUCACGCUGCUGUUGAGGCUGAACAGGAAUAUAUAGUGGAGGAGUUGGUCAAUAUGAUUUCAGAACAUAAUAAUUUGGCAAUACAAGAUCAUGGCGGCCAGACAGCUCUACAUCGGACAACUAUUGGUGGGAAUCAGGGGAUGGCAGAGUGUCUGAUUACACAGAACAGGAGCUUGGUCAGCAUUAGAGAUAAUAAAAAUAAACUUCCAGUUGCUAUGGCUAUGGGAUGGGGGCAUAAAAAAUUGGCUCGCUAUCUUUAUUCUCAAACUCCGUUCCAAGAUCUGGAGGCAGAUCAAGGCCUCCAGGGUGCUACACUUCUUAUCAACUCUAUCAAUACCAGAGAUUUAGGAUUCAAGCGUUUAUAUGGAAUGAAGUUGGUACGAGCUCAAUUCCAACGACUUCUGACCCUUAUGUGUCAAGAAAGCCAAAGAAAUCAAUUUGAUAUUAAGAUUUUAAGUCGAGCAAUGUUUGGUGCUAUCAAGAGAGGGAACUUUGAAUUUGUUUAUAAUAUAGUCAAAGCAAAUUCAGAUCUUUUGCGAAUGUCUGAUGUCGCUAAUAGGAGCAUAUUCCAUUGUGCCGUCCUACAUCGUCAACAUAGAAUCUUUAGCCUUAUAUACAACUUCAAAAAGAAGAAUGCUCAACUACUUAGGAUAGAUAAAUCCGGCAAUGUCAUAUUGCAUAUGGCAGGGAUGUUAACAGAAAAUACUGCUAUCGAUCACAUAAGAGGAGCGGCUUUGCAAAUGCAAAGAGAAGUUCAAUGGUUUCAG